AUGGAGAUCGAGCUUGCUUAUGGUGAAUCUCGCGGAUACUGGAAACAUUAUUCACCCGGGAAGUGGUUCAAACAAGCGAAAGCCGUUGGCAAGAUCAACAACGUAAAAGCUACUCUGUUAUUUGAUUCUGGUGCUGAAGUGUCGAUCAUUGACACCACCUUUGCUCGUGAGGUCGGUUGCAAUAUUGAAGAAAGUCAACGACAAGAAUGUAUCGGGAUUGGAGAAACUCCGUACAUGACGGUAGGACGUACCAAGAUCAAGGUGACCCUCGCGGGAUCACUGGUAUACUAUUUCAAUGUAUGGGUAGGCGAUCUGGCAGGGCAAGAAGCGAUUCUGGGUAUGGAUUUUAUGGUGCCUGCUGGAGUGCGGCUCGAUCUAGCGGAUGGCGCGCUAUGUCUACCAGAAGAAAUUCGCAUUCAUCUCGCAGGACGUCGCCCCGCGUACGGAUCGAAGAUACAACAUAUAACGGCGAAGGACCAACACGUGGUGAUCCCGGUCGGAGAGUCAAGGGAAGUGAAUAUCGGGAUCGGAGGGGCUAAGAUGAAGUUGUGGGUCGCUAGAGGACUAGAUUGGGUCCCCACUGUGAUCUCGGGGUGGGGUAAGACGAAAUACCUGCAGAUGACCAACAUUGGCGACCGUGAGAUCAUACUGCCCACCCACACUAUAUUAGGCAUGUGGGUCGAAGGCGAUAUGGUACCGCGAACUCAAGGUUUGGUGACAGUCGGGUCAGGGAAGUACAAGGAAUGGCAAACUCUGGCAUAUGAGGCUACGACGGAUCGAGUGAACGAACUCCCGAAAGAACAGAUCGGACCGUUGCUAACGAUGACGAUUCGCAAAAAGGCAGAUGCUGUAGCUGCGAGGGAAGUAACGGUCAGAGGAGCCGAACUAUCGUGGAUGGAGAACGGUCAUGAGAUCGGUACCCAACAUGCAACGAAGGGAGACCGCGACACCGGUCAAGAAGGGCUACGUGACAGAUCGUCUCUACCGAAGGCUGAGCCGACUGACCGACUGUUGAAAUUAGGCCAGCCGGAAGAGACGAAGGAGCCUAAAGAAGAAAUAAUGCUAAAUACUGAAGACGUCGAGAUUGCAGAAAUACCAGUUUAUCACCACGAGAGCGGAGAUUUGUUUGCGGAAGAUAUCGAGCAGCAUAUGGCCGUGCUACCAGAGAUGUCGGCGACUACGGAAGAAGUUACGAUUGAGGACAUUCAGAUCGGUGAUCCCGAUGUGCCUCUCACCACAGAUCAACAACGGCUCAGAUCGCUGAUCUGGAAGAGCCGUCACCUCCUCAUGGGCAAAGCACCGAUAGCGCAAAGAGUGUGUCCGGUCGCACCCAAAUAUCGGGAGAAGCUGUCAGAUCUCAUCAAAGGACUAUUACCAGCCAAAAUCGUUCAGCCAUCCACGUCACCUUCGGCGUCUCCGAUAGUGGUGAUCAUCAAGAAGAACGGAGUGGAUAUUCGCCUUUGCAUUGAUUAUCGAAGAGUGAACCAGCUGACGCGUCUGAUGGUUUAUCCCAUGCCGUUGAUCAGCGAUCUGUUGGAAGAUCUGGAUAAAGCUCUAUGGUACUGCUCGUUAGACAUGGCUAGUGGAUUUUGGGUCGUCGAAAUUACUGAACGAGCAAAACUGAUCUCAGCGUUUGUCACACCGUUUGGCUUGUUCGAGUGGCUGCGAAUGCCUUUUGGGCUUAAGAACGCGCCCCAGAUCUACCAACGUCUGGUGGACAAUGCGUUGUAUGGAUAUCUCAAGAUCGGUCAGAGAUCAGCCUCUGAUGGCCCGAUCGACGUGUUCAAAGAUGGAGGGCCUGAGACAGAUCGACGACCGUCUAUACUGGGACGCCGAUCUUACAUUGACGAUAUUCUCAUACCAGCCACGUCAUGGGGAUCUUUGUACACAAAAGUAGAACGGUUGUUGGAGGCAUGA